UUAUUUAUGUAUAAGCAUCCCUUCUUUAUCACCCUGCAAUAGCUCCAUAGCAUCAGUUCUUUUCUCUUUCACAAGUUCAAACUAUGGCUGAUCUAGGAGAUCAUGCUAUACUUGUCACAAUAUGCCUAGCAACCAUUUUCUUGUUCCUAGCCAUCUUUGUGAAGACUCGGGCAAAGGGCCGACGGCCACCUAGCCCUCCAGCCUUACCGAUCAUCGGACAUCUCCACCUUCUUCGCCCUAUACCACACCGAGGUCUUCACAAGCUCUCAACCGGCUAUGGACCAAUAGUAUCCUUCUACCUUGGCUCCAAACAUUGUGUCGUUGUUUCAUCCCCGGAAAUAGCAGAAGAAUUCCUUAGAACUAAUGAAACAUCUUAUUUGGACCGCCCUAAAAUGGCCAACUUCGAUUACCUUACCUAUGGCACGUCUGAUUUUUCGACCGCACCGUAUGGACCACGUUGGAAGUUGAUGAAGAAGCUUUGCAUGUCUGAAGUACUUGGUCCCCGGACAUUAGAGAAGCUCCUUCCAAUUAGACGUGAAGAGAUAAGGUCAUUUCUCAAAAUGAUCAAAAACAAAGCUGAAAUAGGAGGAUCUGUUGAUGUUGUAGCUGAGCUUAUGACAUUGACCAAUAACACAAUAUCCCGAAUGACGGUCAGUCAUCGAUGUUCUAGUGACGAGAACAAAGCUGACGAAAUAAGGAAAAUGAUGAGAGAGAUGAAUGACCUUGGCACAAAGUUUAAUUUAGCUGAUAUUAUUUGGUUUUGUAAGAACUUGGAUUUGCAGGGUUUUAAGAAAAGACUAGUGGAAGUUCGGCACCGGUAUGAUACAAUGAUGGAAAGAAUCAUAAAAGAGCAUGAAGAAGAAAGGAAGAAAAGGAAUGAAAGUGGUGAUGAAGUGAAAGAUUUUCUCGAUAUUUUACUUGAUGUUUAUGAAGAUGAGAGCUCAGAGGUCAAAUUAACAAGGGAAAACGUUAAGGCUUUCAUUUUGAAUUUAUUUGGGGCUGGCACUGAUACAUCAUCAACAACAAUGGGAUGGGGACUUGCAGAGAUACUUAAUAACCCAGAAGUUAUGGAGAAAGCAAGAGAGGAAAUCGAUUGUGUUGUUGGGAAGAAGAGAAUAUUAGAGGAAUCAGAUGUUGGCAACUUGCCUUACUUACAAGCUAUAGUGAAAGAAACACUAAGGCUUCAUCCCAGUGGACCAUUUAUCGUAAGAGAAUCAACUAAAGCUUGUGUUAUUGCUGGUUAUGAAAUCCCAGCAGAUACUCGUCUGUAUGUUAAUGUAUGGUCACUUGGAAGAAACCCAAAACAGUGGAAGAACCACCGUGAGUUCCGACCAGAGAGGUUUCUUAACAGUGAAGAAUGGCAAGCGAGGAGUCCAUGGAUGUUAGAUGUGAUGGGAAACGAUUUUAAUCUUUUGCCAUUUGGGAGUGGAAGAAGAAGCUGUCCUGGUGCUGCACUAGCACUCAGCAUUGUAUCAACCGUCCUUGGUUGUAUGAUACAGUGCUUUGAAUGGAAGCUUGGGGAUGGUGCUGGCAACGUUGACAUGGAAGAGAAGAAUGGGAUGACUCUACUUAGGGCAAAUGACUUGAUUUGUUUCCCAGUAGCCAGGCUUAAUCCAUUUCCCUCUAUUUGAUUGUAAUCUAUUGUAUGCUGUGUUAUUAGGAGUGUUUUCUGGUGAUGCAUGCAGCGUCUAUAUCCAUGUAUCUUUCUUUUUUAUGUUGCCUAAUAAAGAUACAAAGAGUGCAAAGUUUGCUACUA